AUGGCCUCAGAUGACUCGACGGCACCGCCUGUCCCCCCUCCGCCCACCGCCGCGCCUGUGCCUGUGCCCACCACGGGGCGAACUUUUGGCUACGCCGCUUCAACGGUGUCUUCGAGACGUCGGGUGCCCAUCCCCGCCGCGUCUCCAACAGGGUCUCGGCAACCUUCCCCCUCCCGGCCCCGCCUCCGCCCCCGCCCCCGCCCCCCGGCCGGUUCGGUGGCCGGCCCCGCCUUUUCUUCCGGCCGCGCGUCUGUCUCGGUUGCGGGCUCUGGCCGUCCGUCUCCCUUGCUUCCGGGCUCCGGCCCCGAUCUUUCGCCUGUCCCGGGCUCCGGCCCCAAUACUUCAACUGUCCCGGGCUCUGGCCCUGCGUUUCCGCUCGUGCUGGGCCCCGACCCAGCGUCCUCCUCCCUUCCGGGCUCCGGCCCUCCGCCCGACACCCCCGCUCCCGCUCCCACUCCCCGAGUUUCGACACCAAUCUCUUGCGAGGGGACGCCCGACCCUCCAGCGCCCCCAGACUCCCCCUCCGGUGACCAGGACCAGCCUCACCAGCCCAGCGAGCUGUCGACUAAUGGGCUCGCAUUUGCGUCUUUUGCCGUGGGCGUCAUCGGGGCCAAUGUCGCCGGGCUUUACGCCACCGACCUAAGCGAGCCACCGACCGAGACAGGUGGAUGGAGGUGGUCCCAGUCCCUCCUCCUCCUCAGCAACGCCAUGGCAGGGGCAGCCACGGUGCAGUCUCUCGUCUCCUACCAGAGGGGCAAUGGUAGCCUCCACGGCCCACUCCACGAACGAUAG